CCUACAAGUACAGUGCUGCGCUCUGCUGCCCUGUCCACAUCUUCAACCUAACCCGAAGAAAGAAGCGGCUGUACAGGGAUGGAACCCACAUAAAACGAACGAGGAAUAUUCCCUCCACGGUCAUCCCAACCUAGAAGAUUAUAUACAACCACAGAAAUAAGAGUCGAAGUGAUCGGUUGACGAGCGAUCAAAAAAGAGACCAAGGCUGAGAGUUGUCCUCCUUCAGAAGGCACCAUGGGCUGUGUGGGCUCAAAGAAGGAGCAGGAGCCUCUCAGCAAAGGGAUGGGUAACGACGAGCUGCAUAACCGCACACAGACAGCCCAUUAUGUCAAAGACCCCACCACGGGAAACUCCGCAAGCAAAGCUAGCAAAAUGCCAUCCAAUGCAAACACUUCAGACGGAGAGAGCAUUGCCAUGGCACUGUACGACUAUGAAGCUAUUCAUGAUGGAGACCUUGGCUUCAAGAAGGGAGAUAAGCUCAGAAUCUUAGAGGAAUCGGGGGAGUGGUGGAGAGCUAUGUUAAUCAGUACAGAUCAGGAAGGCUACAUCCCCAGUAAUUAUGUAGCCAAAGAUACUCUGGAGGCAGAAGAGUGGUUCUUUAAGGGUGUGAGCAGGAAAGAUGCUGAGAGGCAGCUGCUGGCCCCUGGGAACAAAGUAGGAGCUUUCAUGAUCCGAGACAGUGAGACCACCAAGGGCAGCUACUCUCUGUCUGUCAGGGACAGCGAUGUCCACGCUGGUGACACAGUUAAACAUUAUAAGAUCCGUACGCUGGACAAUGGAGGUUUCUACAUCUCACCCCGCAUCACCUUCAGUACCCUGCAGGAGCUGGUCAGCCAUUACAAGAAGCAGGGAGAUGGUCUCUGCCAAACCCUGACCAACCCAUGCCUGAGCCCCAAACCUGAGAAGCCAUGGGAGAAAGAUGCCUGGGAAAUCCCAAGAUCAUCUCUCAAACUAGAAAAGAGGCUUGGUGCUGGCCAGUUUGGAGAAGUGUGGAUGGCUACUUACAAUAAGCAUACCAAGGUAGCAGUGAAGACCAUGAAACCUGGCAGCAUGUCAGUCGAAGCCUUCAUGGGGGAGGCCAACCUGAUGAAGAGCCUUCAGCAUGACAAACUGGUCCGACUCCAUGCUGUGGUUACCAAGGAGGAGCCUAUCUAUAUCAUUACUGAAUUCAUGGAGAAGGGUAGUUUAUUAGACUUCUUGAAGAGUGAUGAGGGCAACCGUGUCCAGCUCCCCAAGCUCAUCGACUUCUCUGCCCAGACUGCAGAGGGCAUGGCCUACAUUGAGCAGCGGAACUACAUCCACAGAGACCUUAGAGCUGCCAACAUCCUGGUCAAUAAGUCUUUAGUCUGCAAAAUUGCUGACUUUGGCCUCGCUCGUAUCAUUGAAGACAACGAGUACACAGCCAGGGAAGGAGCCAAAUUCCCCAUCAAAUGGACGGCCCCUGAGGCAAUCAACUAUGGUUCUUUUACCAUCAAAUCUGACGUCUGGUCCUUUGGCAUCUUGCUGACUGAGAUUAUCAGCUAUGGGCGCACACCAUACCCAGGGAUGACCAACCCAGAAGUGAUCCGUUCCCUGGAGAAGGGCUACCGAAUGCAGCGCUUGGACAGCUGUCCCAACGAACUCUAUGAAAUCAUGCUGGAGUGUUGGAAGAACAAGCCUGAGGACCGUCCCACCUUUGAUUACCUGCAGAGUGUCCUGGAGGAUUUCUACACAGCUACAGAGAGCCAAUACCAGCAGCAGCCAUGAGACUGAACAUCCACAGACAUGUCUUCUGUUAUAUUGUUCCAGUCAUACUUAACAGCAAGUCCAGUUUCUACAUGCAGCACUGCAGUUCAGAGGGUCCUCUAAACUGAACUGCUGCAGUCUGUCUUUCUCUUUCUUAUUCACACAUAUAUAAUGUCUACUAACAAGGGACUGUACAAAAAUUUUUUGGGAGGGUUCAUACUUCUAUUUUAUCUUUUAUGAAGUUAGGCCAUACCUAAUAUUUUUCAUAUUUUCAUUGGACCCUUCUCCCUCUGAAUUAGAAAAUUAUAAAGUAAUACUACCAUGGUAGAAAGAUUGAGAAGCAAAAUAUAAAUACAAUAUACACAGUAAACAAUAUUAUUAGUACUAUUACUAAUAUUAUGACAACACAAUCCUACCUCAUACUUGGAUCAGUGGCAUAGCACAAUAGAUACUGGAAGAUGAUGUUCUGAAGAUCUUUCAUGGGUUAAUAAGGCCACAGCUACAUCAUCUGUACUCAAUGUGUAUCUUCAUAAAACUGACCAUUCAUCAUUUCGCAGUCUUGUAAAUCAGUAGUGUUUAGUGCAUGAUAUGUACAGACAGAUAUGCGUGUUUUUUACAUCUGCAGUCUCUAAUAUAAAAAGUGACCACACAAAAGAAUGCUUCACAUAAUUUAUUUUUACUUUUACUGUACUUAUUUUGUUUUACUACAAAUUGCACACAUAAUUUGGAUCACUGUAUUGCAAGAUACAGCUGCACAUUAUUAUGCAUGGAAAACAUGUGACCUAACAUUUAGUACACAUCUCUGUCUAGAGGUAAUUGCAGGUAAGAGGUUGGUCACAUUGCUGAGCUUUACAGGACAGGGGUACAAACCUGGUCCCGUGCAGGACUCUUCUCUAUAUGUAUAAGUGAAAAUAAGCAAAUGUGCUUGGAUACGUCCUGUCGUGCACAAGACUGGGAUACAGUACUUAUAACAUUUCCAAGGGAAGGCUGAAAUUAAACAGACCUGGGGAGGGGCGAGGGACAGCCUCCAACUAUGCUGUAUAAAAUUCUGACUACUUUUUCCUAAAGAAAAAAAUGCUAAACAGCCCUCCCAUUUUUCCACCCUCAUCCACCUUAUAAUUUUUGUACAGUCCCUAACCUUUCAAAUACCUUUGAAGGUAUGUCUAUGUAACAUUUAAAGUGUGUAUAAGGCCAUACUGUCUAGUACAUGCUACUGUAAAAGCCUCACUAUCUUACACACAUAAUAUUAUUUUACAGUUCAAAGAUACAUGGAAAUAUUCACAAACAGCUGUAGGCCACCUGAAAGCAGUGACAGUGAAAAGACUGGAUUUAGUUGUUCUGUAUCCAAAGGAAGGUUCACAGUGAAAUAUGUGCAGUGUUCAGCUCUGAUAAUACUGUGUUGAUGUCAACGAUUCAGCAAGCAAAGCUGUCAAAUGUACAGUGUUUUACAUUGUGAAAGGAAAGUAGGUACUGUGGACUUUAAAAAGUGCAAGACAAUUGGCUGAUUAUGCUUAAAUCCUCUAUUUUUAUUCCAUAGAUAUUUUUACAUUAUUCUUUGGCUUGUUUCAGCAUUAUUCCUUUAUAGUGCCUUUUGCAGUGGUUGUUUCUUUCAGACUUAAAAUUUACUAUAUAUCCCCUAUACUCUGUGUAUAGACUGAUAUACAUAAAGAAAUACAAGUAUGGUCUUUAAUGUAAAUCCAUAUUAACUAAUAAUGCUUGUUGCCUCCUUUCACCCAUUAAAUGUUACUUUAAAUGUUUAUCUUAUGCAUACAUACAUUUCACAUCUUUUGGCCUUCUUUUCUCUGUUUGGAAAUAUAAUUUAUUUGUGCAAAUAGUACUGCUCUGAACAUAAUUGUAUCUUGAAUGUAGUGAGCUUUCCAAAUGCAAAUUCUUUUUCUAUCCCGUUUUUUUUUCUUUCAUUUGUUUUCACUGGCUACUGAAAGGAUAAUGUGUUGGUGAUAUGGAGAACAAUUGAUUAAACAUAAAUUAUAUGAUAAUAAAAAUGUCAUGUUCACUAACUGACUCAAAUGGUUACAACAUCUGUUUUGUGGACCAAAAUCCUAAACUUUCAAAAGGAAUAUUCUCAAGUUUUUAAGAUGAUGAUUUCAUGCUGUGACAAAUUUGGUAUCUGCCACUUAAAGAGAACUGUGAGCAACAAUAUAUGAGAGAAUUUUCCUUUGAUACACUUGCAUAAAGAGCUGAUGUUUGACAAUAUUGAAUCAAUGCCUAGCACUGUACAUAUAAUCAUAACUUUACAAAUAUUUUUGCAUCUUACUUUAUUCAUAUAAAACCCUUUGCAUAUUUUGUUAGAUGCUUGGUU